AUGCCUCAGGGUGAUCUGUUCAUUAGCAAAGUAUUUGCUAGGAUUGGGGGCCCAGGGAUUAUACCCAGGGCUCCUCCAUCUGUGCUACCAUGCCUGUUUACAGGAGCCCCGCUGGAGCUGCGCCGUGCCCCUUGGCCCGGCCAUGUAGUCAGCACAGCCCCCUGUCCUGUGUUCUCGGGCUGGCCAGGCAGCCCCUUCGUGGGCUUUCAGCGCAAACUCUUCUCUGUGCUUCUGGGUUUGGGCAAGAUUUUCCCCUGGGAUACCGCAGGGCAACUGUCAAGCUGCUCACCCCCUUCCCCCAAGGCUGGGGCAGCACCUGGCCUUCUGAUUUGUGCCUCUCUUGUGUUUGGGGAUGGAGGUCCUUUCCCUUUCCUGCUCUGGGCUCCUUGA